UGCCCUGCCAUCAUGGAAUAAAUUUAGCAGUGCAGUGUGUAAUUUUGGGGUGUGUGCAGUAUGUGAGGGACUCUGCAGCACUGUAAAUCCACAUGCAUGUGAGUACCACCGGAGGAGUGAGCAUGCAAGUUUUGUCUGAUUAGACAGGUAGUAGUUUUGAUAUUGCUAUCACACACACACACACUGAAUGCUGCAGCUGUGUAAGGUUACGGACUCGCUGUUCAUCAGCAAUGCUCGCUCAGCCUGCACUGAUGAGCUCCUCCAGAAGGAGGCAGUGACCCUCUGCAUCAACGUGUCCAAGCAGCAGCCCUGUCCUUCAGCCCGGGUCAGCACUCUGCGCGUGCCCGCCUACGACGAUCCCAACGAGGACCUGCGCGCACACUUCGACCGCUGUGCUGAUGUCAUACUCAGUGAAGCUGCGCGCGGCGGCCGCACCGUCGUCUACUGCAAAAAUGGCCGCAGCCGCUCGGCUACAAUAUGCAUCGCCUACCUCAUGAAACACCAAAGCUUGUCCUUAACCGAGGCGUAUGAGUUGGUGAAAAGUGCUCGAUCGGUGGUGGAGCCAAACCCUGGCUUUUGGGCUCAGCUGGAGCGAUACGAGCAGGACCUGAAGAGCACGAGGUUUUCAAAAAGUUUAAUGAAGGUUAGCUGCUAUGCAAACCAAUAAAAAGAUUAUUGAUUGUGUGUCUUAUUGAAACGGACCCAUAAAUGGCAUGGACUUUUCAAUUUGAGUAGAUUCAUUUGAGCAUCGUAUGCUUUCCAGAGCACAACCCAAACACAAAGGCCUGCGGUUCAGCCAGCUUUCUCUACAGCGACUAUUUCACCGAAGACACGCAUCACAAAAUAAAUCUAAUAUCUCUUAAACGAUGUCUUCACAUAUACCUUAUUAAUCAUAUCAUACUACAAAUUUGAAUAAAAAAAUAAAAAAAAUCGAACGCAUGUAGUUUUCACCUGUAGCCCAAAUGUAUGUGUGUAUAUACAUGUAUAUACACAAAGCGACGAACCCUACGCCGAACCCAGUGCUUUGAAGAGGGACGAUUGCCCACAGCAGCCAUAUGUAGGGUUUGAAACAAUAAAAUGCAUCUAUAAAAGGACCAAAUGUACGCUGUGUCAUUCUUUAUUCAAUUUGAAAAAUUAUUGCAUUGGGAAAAGAUCAAUAAGAUACAUCAGGAUGUGCUGUUAUUGGAAAAUAAUCAAGCUCUGAGCGGUAACAGUCACUCCACUUCAUCACACCACCCCAUCUUUGAUUAUUUUAUUUAGUAUAGCAGCACAUUACCAAGCAUUUUAUUCAUUACUUAUUAGACUGUGAUACAGUUUGAUAUAAAACAGCAUACAGGUGUGUGUGUGUGAAAUUACUAAGCUUGUUCAUUUCAACCCUUGAAGAGGGGAUACUUCAGUCUCAUACAUUGUGUUCUCAUCGUGCCUUCAAAGGGACCAGGGCGUAGUCAUGAUUACUUCCGAACGAACCACAGCCUUGUUUAAUAUGUUUAGACAAUUUAUCUGUAAUCAGUAUGAGAUUAUAUUUCCUCAGUAAUCUAUGCAACUCUGGUCAUCAUAGUUUGAAAGGGCUUUCGGAAUGAAUAGUGCAUUGUCAUAAAUAACCUUGCACACAGUUGAGAUGAUACUGAUUUGAUUUUAAAGUUUGGG